AUGCAGCCUUCUAACCUUCUCUACUCUUGCCUUUCUUCCUGCCCAAAACACAACGUGCCAGCCUUAUCUCAUCCGCCACUGCCCUUAAGAUUCCCAAAGAUUAGAUUAGAUCCAACACUAUAUCAUCGAGACCAUAUCUUUCAAAUCAAUUCCAAACAUCGAUUCAACACUUUCAUCUUGAAUUGUGUUACAGUACCAGUACCAAAGAAAGAUCCUGUCCACCGCCCUCCUCACAAACUAUUGGUACCUUUUUUUGACUGCGGUACGGCGCACGAAGAAGUAGCUAGGAACAAGACUACUGAGAACGAAUUAAACACUACGCUUGAAGGAUUAUUAGCAACAAGUGACCAUUACAAAAAGCACAAACGGGUCAAACCUUUUCGACCAUUAGUCCCAACUACUCCCAUCUCCAAAAAAACCGAGCGCGUGAGCAACACAGCCACCCGUCACGUUAUUGAAGAUCAUUCACUUGGUAAUUACCGAUUGAUUACUUUUGGUCGCACACUCGGUCUUCAAUUGCCCAACACGGACUACAACAGGCCAUCAACCACUCUCCUCACAACCCUCCUCGUUUACAGCCCACCUCACGAACGAUAA